UAAGGGGGCAAGGGUGUGAACCAGGACGGGAAUAGAUGAGUUCUGACUCGUGGUUUCACUUGCUUUCACCUUCAUCUCAGCUUCGCACGCUCUUCUGCCGGUGAAGGACGACACAGACGAAGACAUGGACGACCAAACCACUGUGAAUAAUAUGAAAGCAGGUGGUCCCCCUCUCCAGACCAGUCCCCAGUCUCCUCCUCCCUACGCUGCACAGGCCCCGCCCCCACUACAGCCUGUCCAGCAGGCUCCUCUUCAACAGGUCCAGUACCAGGCUCAACAGGGUCCCGUGAUCCAAAUGACUCCUCAGCCAGUGCAAAUGAGCCAACCGCAGCCCGUCCAGGUAAUGAUUUGUUCUGGGGACCUGGGUGAUGUCCCCACCGUGACCACCUGCAAGAACUGUGGACAGCGGAUCGAAACCAGGGUGGUGUAUCAAAGUGGGAUCUUGGCCUGGAUAAUCUGUGGACUCUGCCUUGUGUUCGGGCUGUGGUGCGGCUGCUGUGUCAUCCCCUUCUUUGUGGACAGAUGCAAAGAUGCUCAUCAUUACUGCAGCAAAUGCAACGUCAGCCUCGGUAUCCACAAGAGGAUGUAGUGGUCAACACACACACGUUGUUCAUUCUCCAGAUAUUAAGGCAACAUGAUGUUUCUGUUGGGAUAAUCAAUUUCAGCUAAAUAAGUAAAUGAAAAUCACCUGAUGGUGACUGGCUUUGGGAGAAACAGAUGAUCACACCUUUCUUUGACCAGGAGGGCUCACAGCACACCUGGAAACCUCUUCAGCACUUCUGUGCAGCUGCUGCUUCUUUCAUGUUCUUCUCUGUUUUCUCCUUUAAUAAAUCAAGCUAAAGACAGCA